AUGACAAUGAGCGAACAAGCCAUGCUGCCUGAUAGCAAUUUCCUUUCGGACGAAGGUUACAGUGAGGAUCCGUUGACAAGACCAUCCUCUUCCUCACUGCCGCCAUGGUUCUUACAAAUGUCAGUGACAGAGCGCACCGGGUACAUCAUGGAAAUAAUCUCGCACCUUCCAACGUCACAAGUAGCCGAAAUUGUUAGUCGUCUCCGUCCUCGACUAUAUAUCAAUUUUUUCGAGCGUCUUCCAAAUGAAGUACUAUUGCAUAUUCUUGGAUUCUUGGAUGCAACAUCCCUACUUCAAACAGCAUGCGUAUCUCGGGAGUGGAUGUCCUUGGCACUUGAGCCUAGAUUAUGGAAAAAGCUAUAUCUCCUAGAGGGUUUCCGAAUUAUAAGAGCGGAAGUUAAGCAAUAUGAAGACCUAUUGAACAAAGAUUUUAUGGUCUUUAAUUCCAUUGAUGAUAAAAUAUUAAAAAGCAAGCAAGGAUCGAUGUCGCUGUGUAAAAGUCCACCCAACAGAAGUAAAGACCCAGAAACACCUCUAGACUCGAAGAUUUUCAGAUUACCCCCAGCCACCACUAGUAGGCAGGAGGUUAAACUUCGACCCCAAGCUCUUGCUACAGAUCUUGGAAUAUCAAAACUAAUGAGCUACUCUACUGCAAACGACACACCGACGGAUAUUAACGAAAUGAAUACUCGAGGCUCUUCCCAAAUAUCCACUUCUGCAGGAAGCCUAGCUCAACGACUAAACAUGUCUUCUUUAUUCGUCCUUGAUCGAAGUGGAAACAGUAUUAAGAAGCGAUUAAAUUGGCAAUACCUUUAUUCACAGAGGCGAAGACUAGAAUCAAACUGGGAGUCAGAGCAAUACGUCAACUUUCAGCUUCCUGAUCCGACACACCCUGAAGAAGCACAUUGUGAAUGUAUCUAUACAAUACAACAUUGCGGGAAAUAUCUAGUUAGUGGUAGUAGAGAUAAGACUGUUAGAAUUUGGAACUUAGAUACUCGAAGACUUUCUCGUCCUCCACUCCGCGCACACUCCGGGUCAGUUUUGUGUCUACAAUUUGAUGCUGAUCCCAGCGAAGACCUAAUCGUCUCGGGCAGUAGUGAUGCGACAGUUAUACUGUGGAAGUUCUCUACUGGACAAGUCAUUCAACGACUUCGACGGGCACACAAAGGUUCCGUUCUGAAUGUUCAAUUCGAUAAACGUGUUUUAGUCACCUGCUCAAAGGACAAAACGAUAAAAAUAUUUAACAGGAAGCCACUACAUCCAGGAGAACUUGGCUAUCCUGGUGAGGCAGAAGUAGUAGAUCCGGUGCCCACAUUUCUUAACAAUUAUGGAAUGAAUGUUACGCCAUCGAUGGACCUGCCAAUCAAACCGGCUUACUCAUUAAUCAGAACACUAGAAGGGCAUAGUGCUGCUGUCAACGCAGUCCAGAUUAGAGGUGAAGAGGUCGUAUCUGCCUCUGGCGACCGUUUAGUCAAAGUAUGGAAUUGGCCAGAACAAACUUGCUUACGAACUCUGAUUGGUCAUAGCAAAGGAAUUGCUUGUGUGCAAUAUGAUGGUCGUCGUAUCGUGAGCGGAAGUAGUGAUAAUGAAGUUAAGGUAUUUGACAAACAAACUGGGCUCGAAGUUGCAAGUCUUCGCGCUCAUAAAAGUCUCGUAAGAACUGUUCAAGCAGGUUUUGGAGACCUUCCUUACAGCGCAGAAGAAGAUGUAGCUGACGCGAAAGCCGUUGACUACGCAUACUUUAAAGCUCUUGAUUCUGGCACCAUUUCAAGGGGAAUGAGAUCUGAGCGAGGGCGCCCUCCAAACGCGGGAUCCAGAAAACCCGAACACAUCACGGCGUAUGGAGCUAAACUGCCUCCCGGGGGUGGAGGUGGAAGAUUCGGAAGAAUUGUUUCUGGCUCGUACGAUGAGACAAUAAUUAUAUGGCGCAGAGAUAAAGAAGGGAUUUGGAAAGCACAACAUACUCUUAAGCAGGGAGAAGCCGCACGAGCAGCGGCACUUAAUCUUCAAAUGGGACCUAAAUUAUCAGCGGAUAGUAGCACAAAUGCAUCAUCAGCGCGAUACGACCAAGCAUCGCCGACUACUCCUGAAUUAUCUGGAGAAACUUCAACCUUUGGAGGUACAUUUGUCCCAGGAACAUCAUCCACUGCGAGAAGCGAUACGUUUUAUCUAAGUGUAGUUGAGAACUCGGUUUCACGAGGACCAGUCACUUUGCGGCAUUCACUUGCGGUUUACCCGGAACUUGUGAGAUUUCAGGAUGAGAUAAUGAACCAAAUCAAUCGUUAUCCACUAAACAUGCGACAAGACAUGGGAAACAUAGUGCAAGCGGCUAUCUUGGCCAAUCAGAUGCGGAACUUCUCACAAACACCAGUUGAUCGGCGACUAUCUGCUCAAUCUACUUCCUCUGGUGGCACACGCCCAUCUCCCUUGAUAUUUAAUAGUCCCGAAGCUCCCAUAGAUUCUACGUCUAUGACGGCAUCAAACACACGAUUGCCGUCACAUCUUCUAGCCUCUAAUUAUGCUCUGGGUUUAAUCCCAGAACCUAGUCUACAAUCUCCACAUGCUACAGUAGCUCCCAAUCCCGUUCCAGGCCCCAUGCCACCUCAACACCGUAACGUCAAUAACAUGGCGCGGGUUUUCAAGCUUCAAUUUGAUGCUCGGAGAAUUAUUUGCUGUAGCCAAACAAAUAUCAUUGUUGGAUGGGAUUUUGCGAAUAACGAUGCAAGAAUAAUAGAGGCGAGUAGGUUCUUUGCACCGGUCGAGUAG